AUUAACAAUACAUAUGUUGACUAAAUUGCUCUUAAAAGCAAGACAAGCUUCCUUUUGUGGUAUGAUCAAUAACUGAAACUAUAGUUUACAUCAAGAAUUCCGUCAACUAUCAUGUAGCCAAUAGCUAAGAUCCUAAUAGCAAAUUCGCGACUCCUUAGUUCAAUUCAAGCAUUCUUGAUUUCGAUAAGGAUUAAGAGAAUAAUGUGUAAAUGCAUUAUUACUAAGGUAUUAAACUAUUAUUUUAACAAUUAGGCAAAUUCAUGCCUGAUGAACUGGAUUGGACCGAUGUUUGGGAAACUGCAUAUUAGAAUUUUACUUAACCAGAAUAUUUAUAUCACUUUUGGUUUUGCGGUGUAUUGUAUUGCUUUGAACCUGAAUGGACAAUUAAUUAUCCUUAUGAGAAAGGACCACUCUCACCUCUUUUUAGAGGAGAACAUGCUUUAAGAAGAUAUCCAACAGGAGAAGAAAGGUAUAUUAAUUUAAUAAUUGAAUAGAUGUAUUGCUUGCAAAUUGUGUUAAAGUGCUUGUCCAGCUAGAGCAAUUACAAUAGAAACAGAACCAAGACCAGAUAAUUCCAGGUAUAUUAUUAUUGUAAUAUCAUUUUAGACGUACAGUACGUUAUGAUAUUGAUAUGACUAAAUGUAUUUAUUGUGGAUUUUGUUAAGAAGCCUGUCCUGUCGAUGCAAUUGUAGAGGUAUUAUAUAUUAUAAAAUACCUAGGGACCUAAUUAUGAAUAUACAACUUAUCAACAUGAGGACUUAUUUUAUGAUAAGUUUAAGCUUCUUGAAAAUGGUGAUAAAUGGGAACCUCAAAUUGCUAGAAAUAUUGAAUAUUUAAUCACAAGAAAAUAUUGA